AUGUCGGCCCGUGGAAAGAUGAAGAAGCGCAUGACCCUGGCAGACAAGCACGUGUUGUGCAAGGAACGUGCAUUGCGUCCAACUGCCAAGUACAAUGACUUGGCCGCAUGGACUGUUCAAACGUUCGACCUGGCGUGCACGCCUACGAAGGCAACAAUUGGAACCAUCCUCAAGCGCCAUGGCAGCGAGCCCACUCGAGCAGACAGCAAUGCUCGCUUGUUGAGUGGGUAUAUCGGUGCGAAGAGCUGGGUGUGUGUAUUACUGGCGAACUAA